CUACUCUGUAAGAAACGAGGACGUACGUUUUUGCCCACUGAGUAUUCGGACGGUUUUAAAAUAAAGGGAAAAGAGAUGCUGGGGGGAUUAAUGACGGUACUGAGGGGUAGCAUACCUCGAACCACAAGUUCUUUUCAAAGAUUAACCUCGCUCUCAGCAUCUUCCAAAUCGGCAUCUAAUUUCCCAAAAGACUGGGCUGCAGACCUAUCCGCUACUAUGCAGGUCUUUCCAGACUUCAUAACUUUGGAAGAGGAGGAAUCACUACUGCAAGAGAUAGAGCCAUACAUGAAGAAGCUAAGAUACGAGUUUUCGCAUUGGGAUGAUGCUAUCCAUGGAUAUAGAGAGACAGAAAAAUCCGCAUGGAACAAGGAAAAUUCGUCUAUCAUAGCCAGAGUACAAAUGAAAGCUUUUCCUCCAGGAGCCUCACUUCUAGGGCAUGUUCAUGUUCUGGACCUUGCAGCUGAGGGAAAAAUAAAACCUCAUGUGGAUAGCGUCAGGUUUUGUGGGGAUACAAUAGCCGGACUGAGUCUACUCAGCGAUUGCGUUAUGCGUCUUAGAAUGUGUGAACAUGACAAUGAAUGUGUCAAAGAUUUUCUGCUCCCUCAGAGAUCGCUAUACAUAAUGAGUGGCACUGCCAGGUAUAACUACAACCAUGAAGUAUUAGGCUCUGAGGAAUCAGUGUUCCAAGGUAAUAAGAUCCCCAGAUUCCGUAGAAUAUCUGUGAUAUGCAGAAGCGAACCUGAUGAUUCAAACUAGUCUCUGGUGAAUCAGAAGUGUGAUACCAAAUGUGUACAUAUUUGCAAAUAAAAAUUAUUUCUGUGCUA